UAGCCCGGGACACCCAGAGCCUCAGGGGAGGAGGCUAGUGAGACGGGGGCCCUUUAAGUCUAACCUCAUUCCCUGAGGCUGUUGCUAUGUACAGGGACCAACUUCCUUAGCAACCACUUGGCCUUUUAAAAGGACCUUAGCAUAGUAGUUGGCAGCAAGCAUGGCUCCCAAAAAGCCAAGCAAGAUAGGAAAGGACUUUGAGGGCAAGAAGAAGAAAGGAAACAAGAAGGAUCCCAGCUCUGCCCUGAAGCCUGAGGAGACAUCCUCGAUAGAGGAGCUUCGAGAGUUCUACCAUGCCCAGAUUCAAGAUCUGGAGGACAGGCUGGCCAGGUACCAGCGGAAGUGGGAUGAGCUGACUGUGCAGGAGAAACUGUUCCGCCAGGAGUUUGACCAACUGGCUAACAACAAGAAGGAGAUUGUGGCCUUCCUCAAGCGCACGCUCAACCAGCGGGUGGAUGAGAUCACCGACCUCAACGAGCAGCUGCAGAGCCUGCAGCUGGCCAAGGAGAUGGAGAAGGACGCAUUUGAGGCCCAGCUAGCGCAGGUGCGCCAUGAGUUCCAGGAGACCAAGGACCAGCUCACCACAGAGAACAUCAUCCUUGUGGGGAAGCUGGCAGCCCUCGAAGAAUUCCGGCUGCAGAAAGAGGAGCUCAUGAUCAAGUUCGAGACGCUGGAGGACCAGCUGCAGAAGCAGGAGGCUGAGUACAAGGAGUACAUAUACAACCUGGAGAAGCAGUCGGUGCUGGACAAGGACAGACUGAGGAAGGAGAUCAUCCAGCGCGUGAACCUGGUGGCUGCUGACUUCCGGAAGGUGGCCACGAACCAGAUGUGGGAGACGACGAAGCGGGCCAUCCUGGAGAACAGCACCGUGACCAUGAAGCUGGCCAAGGUGUCCCAGCAGGGCGUGCAGCUGCUGCAAGAGAACGAGCAGCUCCGGGACAACCAGGGCCAGCUGUGCCAACAGGUGGAGCUGCUGGAGAGCACCCAGAAGGUCAUGGCCAGGAACAGCAAAGGCCACCAGAAGAUCAUCCUCAUGCUGGCAGAGAAGUGCCGAGAGCAGCAACAGGGUGCGAUGGAAGCCCAGCAGCUACGUCUCCUGCAGAACCACCUGGAGCAGAGCUUCCUGCAGCUGCAGAUAGACAACCAGGGGCUCAGGAACCAGAUAGAAGAGCUGACCCAAGGGCUGGAACAUCAGCACAUGGAGAUUGAAGAGCUAAAGCAGGAGUUGACUGAUGAGCAGAAGGUUCGGGCCAACCUGGAACUAGUCCUGACCCAGGCCACCUCCUUCUUACAGGACAUUAUGCAGAUGAAAGCAGAAGAAAAGGACAGUGACUUCAACGUGAUCCUGCAGAUGCAGCGCAAAGAACUACUACAGCAACUGUUGGCCCAGCUCAGCUGUGUCGUGCUCCAGAAACCCCACCUGUCUGUAUGCCCCUGGCUCCCCUUCCAGGAGACAGAUGUCAUGACCCCAGCUUCUCCCCACAGCUGUCCCAGCAUCCAGCCGCCCAAGAUGACGUCUCUGAUGCAGCAACUCUCUGGCAUUACCUCCUACCAACCAGGGGACCUAGGCCUGGUGCCUCGCCGGUCCCACAUCCCACCCAACCCCCAGGACCUCAGGCUGCUCUCACAUGUCACCCGCAUGGGGACCUUCAAGACAGGCAGCUCUUCUGAGGUGCCAGGGGCCCCAGGGACAGCAAGAUGGCAGCCGGCCCUGGGUGCAUAA